UGUCUUAGUUCACUCCCUGCAGAGGACCCCGGAGCACGCAGCAGCACAGGCAUGGAGCCCCUCUCCUUCCAGGAAUACAUCUGCUCCCUGGACCCCACCACCCUACCCCGCAUCCUCAGGAUAUGCUCUGGUGUCUACUUCCAAGGGUCCGUGUAUGAGAUCGCAGGCAAUGAGUGCUGCUUGUCAACUGGUGACCUGCUGAAAAUCACAGCUGUCACGCUGCAAAAGGUUGUCUGUGAGAAUGUGCACACGGGGCAGACAACGGAGCUGCUGCCAACAUUUAAGGGUCUUUUCCAGCCCUCCCCAGAUCUGGGGCCAUGCCCCAUGCCACAGGGACCCUUCCUGGAGGGUGGCAUGAAGAAGGGCCUGACGCUGCACCAGGCGCUGGAGUGGGGGGGCAAGCAGAGACAGCCCCUACGGUGCCCCACCAUCGGCCCCCACGCCCUGCUCCUGAGCCCCGUCUACGAGGUGCAGGCCACCAUGAACCUGCGAAGGGACGAGGUGAAGAUCCCCUCCACGCUGGAGGUGGACGUGGAGGAUGUAACAGAGGAGUCGCAGGACGUUCACUUCUCCCGGCCACUGCUGCUGAGCGAGGUGCUGGGGAUGGAGGAGGUGCUGCCGACACAGGCCGAGAUCCUGGAGGGGCCCCGCAGUGCCACCAUCUUUGAGAGCGCCUGGGUCCCCCGCCUGCGGAAGGGACAGCGGCUGCAGAUCCACAGCUGCUCCCACACCUGGAGGGUCCUGGCCUCUGCCCGCAGCGGCACCCGCCGUUUCCUUCUCUCCAGUGCCUACCAGGGCCGCUUCAGGCGGCGGCCCCGGCAGUUUGCAGGGGUGCAGGAGCUGGCAGCCAGCCUGCAGCCUGGCCAGCAGCUGCACGUGGUGGCAACACAGGACUGUGAGGGCCGCGAGGACGACGUGCCCCCACUCAGUGUGGGUGACCGGCUGGAGGCCCGGCAGCUACUACUGGCUGGUGGCAGCACCCGGCUCCUGUGCCUCCGCCAUAGUGAGGAGGAGGAUGAGAAGGAGGAGGGCGAGGAGCUGCUGCUGCCACUGGAUCUGGGGGGCAGCUUUGUGGAGGAGGCGUGUGACAGCAAGAAGUACAGGCUGACGGAGCUGGUGGAGCUGCUGCCACUGCCAUGCGACGUCCGGGUGGUGGCCACAGACCCGGCCCUGGAGAGGGAUGUGCUGGGCUCCUUCCCUGCACUGCGGCUGGAGGCCCGCAUCACCCAGCCCUUUUUGAUCAGCAGCUUCUGUGAGGAGCCAGAUAAGGGCUUUGAGAUCCCGCCCCAGUGGUUGGACCUCACCCUUGUCCUCACUGAGGAGCCCGUCCACUCCCAGGCCCCCUCCACACACUGCUCCCAUGUGGAGGAGCUGACUGAGGCCUUCUACUACAAGCUGCUGGCGCAGCUGCCGGGUGGCUCAGCCCCGCCACCCCCACGGCCCCCCAAGCCGAAGGCGGCUGGUAGAGAUGUGCAGGUGCAGCCAUGCCCUGCCCCAGAGCAGAAGGACAGGGCACACUCCAGGGGAAAGCGCUCCCUGGCCCCCAGCCCCACCACCAGCUCCCAGACACGCCUGGCUCCUCCACUGCCGCCGCCUUUGGUCCUUCCCCAGAAGGCGAAGAGCCUCACUACCCAUCGGAGCACCCCCAAUGAGUACAGCCCACGCCCCCGUCUGCUGGCAGCUCCCUGGUCCCACAAGGCUCCCAGUAACACAGACAUGGAGAAAAGCAGUGAUGAACAUGACUAUGAAGUCAUUGAAGAAGACAUUCAAAAGACAAUUCACAAAAUGCAGACUGUUUUUCCUUUCUAAUCAUCUGGUUUCUGGAAGCUGUCCAGCCUCUGAAUUUUCUUAGAUCUUGUAUUAAAUUAAGGCCAUUAAAUAGCCUAUUAAAUAAAGGCUAAAUACAACCUUAGGGGUCCACAGCACAAUUUCCAAUUGCCUCGAUGAUGCAAAUAAUAUGUCCCCCUUUCCUUGAAUGCAUCCUGGUCUGCGUUAGCAGAGGAGUGGCCAGCAGGUCAAGGGAGGGGCUUGUCCCCCCUCUGCUCUGCCCCUGUGAGGCCCUACUAGUGAAGACUCCAGUCCUGCAUCCAGGUCUGGGGUCCCCAGCACAAGAAGGAUGUGGGGCUGUUAGAGCUGGUCCAGAGGACCAUGAAGAUGAUCAAGGGGCUGGAGCACCUCUGCUAUGAAGAAAGGCUGAGAGAUCUGGGGCUGUUCAGCCUACAGAAGAGAAGGCUCUGGGGUCACCUCACUGCAGCUUUUCAGUACUUAAAGGGGACUUAUAGAAAGGAUGGAGAACAACUUUUUGCUUGGGCAAUGACAGGACAAGGGGGAAUGGUUUUAAACUAAAAGUGGGGAGAUUUAGAUCAGAGGUUAGUAGGAAAUUCUUCACUGUAAGGGUAGUAAGGCACUGGAACAGGUUGCCCAGAAAAGUUGUGGAUGCCCCAUCCCUGGAGGUGUUCGAGGCCAGGUUGGAUGAGGCCCUGAGCAACCUGAUCUAGUGGGUGGCAUCCCUGCUGGUGGCAGGGGGAUUGGAACUGGAUGAUCUUUAAUGUCCCUUCCAACCUCAGCCCCAUAUGAUUCUAUGAAUGCAAGCAGCCCAUAUGCCUGAGGAACAGCCACAUACACAGACUAAAUCCCUCCUGCUCUGCUGUAGCUGGCUGUUGUGCGAUGGAUUGCGUCCUCUGCUGUCACUCGUGGGACUCUCCAACUGCACCAGAGCAGCAAACAGUUGGGCAACCAUCCUGGGAACUGAGCAGUCACCAAGAUGUCAUUGAGAUGCUGGCCAAGGCCCUAGAACAUGUAUCUCACUCUGCUCCUAUGCACUAAUAUCAUCCACGCACUUUCUGCAUAAUAGCUUGGCUGGAUCCUAAGGAUGUGCUGUGCUCAUAGCCAUUUCAAACUGAAAAGUUCUAGAACUAAUUCUUCUGUUGCAGUUGCUUUGCUGGAAUCUACCAAAGGCUCAUGAACCAGCAUCAGCAGCUUUCUAUACAUCCUACUCCUACUGGACGAAGCAUUGCCAUCCUGCCUGACUGCUGCAGUGCCAGGCAGCACCAACACAGGGCAAUUUCCAGACCUCGCUACUUCAGAUUAGAAGCGGGUACAAAUCAGAGCUGGAAAAUAAGUUUUUCAAUUCCUUUACUAGUAAACUUUUUUUUUUUUGUUAAGUGUAAUUUUGGGUUGUUUUUCAGUUCAUGUCAUUCCUCACCUAGGGUCUAGAGCAGAUUUACAAAGUUGCAGAGAGCAUCUCCUCCCUUCCAAACUUGCUAAAGCCCUACAUGGGAUUUGGGCUGGUUUCCUUCUCUUUAUUUUCACCCUGUGAUUUACUGUCAGUAUCAGGGUUCUCUCCUCAAAUCACAGCAUUGUGACUAAGACACUGACUCUUGCUGUUGAGAUCAUUUCACUGAAUACUCAUCAAAGCAAGAACUCAUCUCUCCUGCAAACAAGCACUAUCACCAUUUACAGCACCUAAACAUUAUGUGCAAAGCUUCAACCAAGCAACCCACUGCAGUCACCCCAGAACACAAUUUUUGGUUGCCCUGGAGGAAGAGUAAUUGUUGAACUAUGGCUGAGGAGGAUGAAGAGAGGAGCAGGAGCUUGGAUUUCACCCUUAGCUCACUCAUAGCUUUAAACAGGCAUUUUUCAAAGCAACAAACACUUCUGUCCCCAGCAGAUCCAAACCCUACACCAAAUUGUCCUGAUAGCCAGACAAAAGCAGAUGUCCUUUGAUGCUUUGAAGAAAAAGCCAACUGGGGCCUAGGUAAAGAAUUAAACCCUCUACAGCUGAAGACAUUUUAACACUCCACUCACAAGCAUUUCAUAUAGUCCUACAACUACUCUCUUUACUGCAGGCAAUUCCAGUCAUCUUCACUUCCAAAAAUAAUCAUUUUCUUCCUAAUCUGCACACCACCUGCAAAAUUGAAAUUAUAGUACUUCCGGCUUCUAGGUCUGCAAGUCUCCAUAGCAAUCGUCACUUGUUACACAUCCAUAGUAUGAUUUAGCCCCAAAAGUACACCACGGACUACAGCUGUGCCACCAUCUGAACCUGCGCAGGAUACCUUGAUUUUGCUACAGCAUCAACAACGUAAGCAGAUGCCGGUGUCACAAAUGGGAAGACAGGGAAGAACUGCUUUUCCAAAGCCAGGUCACCUCAUCCCUCUCAGAUAUAAAAAUCUGAACUGAGAUCCAUAGUUUGCAACUCCCACGGAAGCCAGCUGACAAGCAGGGAGCACAAGCCAUUGACGGCAUGUGCUUUCUCCAGUAGGUCCCAUACCACAGUGAAAGCAGCAAGCAGCUCUCAAAGGACAGGUCAACACAGCGCAGCAAACCAGGCUCCUAUCUGGUGGACAGCAAGCACAUUUCAGUUUUAUCAGCCGUUAGUUUGAAAGAUCCUGGGUCCUGCUUUUCAGCAACGCUAAACACAUUUGCCACAGAAACCAUGCAUCCUCUUUGUGAGACCAGCUAUGUUCUUUACAGGUUCAUUGUGAACAAUGCUUCUGAGUAUUUAUUAACUACUCAAAUGUUCCCAUUGACAAUUGCAGAACAAUUCCCAGGAGGUAGUUUUCAGCUUUGCAUUUUAUACAAUGUGAAGCACGUAAUGAAUGAGAACAGAUAUUCCGAAGCAGCUGUCAACAGCAUGCUGCCUCUCUGAGCAAAACAGGAUUGUGCAGAGAAAGAUGCAAAUUUGUUACCUCCACACCGAUGCAUCACCACUAUCCACAUUGCUGCUUCCUAACUCAGUGUUUUCCUCUGUGAUGUCUUAAACAAACAAAUCCCACCGCAACUUGUUACAUGAUGUAAUUCAUUUCAGCUUCACCUAAGUGCUUUUGGUGGCAGAAAUGAUCCUGGCUCCACUUAAAACACUGAUACAACUUGUAGUUUCUUUCAGUAGAAUUAUUUAAUGUUUUCAUGUCCAGAUGUUUGUAUCAGUUUGACUUUUUAAACCAAUUUACCAAGUUAAGAAAAUUUAAACCAGUUUAAGAAAAAAUAUGUAUAGUUAACUAAAUCCUUGGAAAGCAUGGGCUAUGUUUUUACCCACACAUCUAAGUCUUAUCAGCACGUUUUCUUUCUUUAGGGAAGAACAAAAGCCUCUAGAGCUACACGAACAUGCAAGACUAGCCAAGUUAAAUUUUUAUUGGAUACAAAAUUCAAGAGCUCCAGUAAUAAGAUUACCUCAUAGUACAAAUAUAGAUUUAAAUGCACAAACUAAACUAAUUACAAAUCUAGUCAUGAUUACUGUACAUUAGUGGAAUAUUAUGCUUGGCUACCCACUUUGUGAAUUAAAUGGAAUGAAAGGUGUGGUAGUAGAAACAGCUCCAGAAACAAAAGUCAGUAUGCCCACAACAAGAUUAGAAAGUUUUUUUUUUUCUUU